ACUUUAUAAUAUGCAUUUAUUGAUACAAAAAUAGUGUCUAUAGGGUUCAGUGUAAACCCCAACUUCAGGCAUCCACUGGAGGGCUUGAAAUGCAUCCCCGCAGAUAAGGGGGAGCUACUGUACUUCACUAACCCUUGUGUCUCCCUUCAGGAAGGAUCGUAUGAAUGCUCCAUGGAAAAUUACAAUCAAACAUCAACUGAUUUCAUCUUGUUAGGAUUGUCCCCACCACCAAAAAUUGGCCAUUUCAUCUUCAUUCUCAUUGAUUUCGUUUUCCUAAUGGCUUUAAUUGGAAACCUAUCCAUGAUUCUUCUCAUCUUCUUGGACAUGCAUCUCCACACACCCAUGUAUUUCCUACUUAGUCAGCUGUCCCUCAUUGACCUAAAUUACAUCUCCACCAUUGUUCCAAAGAUGGUUUAUGAUUUUCUGUAUGGAAACAAAUCUAUCUCCUUCAUUGGGUGUGGGAUUCAGAGUUUCUUCUUCUUAACUUUAGCAGGUGCAGAAGCGCUGCUCCUGACAUCAAUGGCCUAUGAUCGUUAUGUGGCCAUUUGUUUUCCUCUCCACUAUCCUGCCCGUAUGAGCAAAAGAAUGUGUGUGCUGAUGAUAACAGGAUCUUGGAUGAUAGGCUCCGUCAACUCUUGUGCUCACACGGUAUAUGCUCUCCAUAUCCCAUAUUGCAAGUCCAGAGCCAUCAAUCAUUUUUUCUGUGAUGUUCCAGCUAUGUUGACCCUAGCCUGUACAGACACCUGGAUCUAUGAGUGCACAGUGUUUUUGAGCACUACCAUCUUUCUUGUGUUUCCCUUCAUUUGUAUUGCGUGUUCCUAUGGCUGGAUUCUCCUUGCUGUCUACCGCAUGCACUCUGCGGAAGGGAGGAAGAAGGCCUAUUCGACCUGCAGCACCCACCUCACUGUAGUGACUUUCUACUAUGCACCCUUUGCUUAUACCUAUCUACGCCCAAGAUCCCUGCGAUCUCUGACAGAGGACAAGGUUCUGGCUGUCUUUUACACCAUCCUCACCCCAAUGCUCAACCCCAUCAUCUACAGCCUGAGAAACAAGGAGGUGAUGGGGGCCCUAACACGAGUGAUUCAGAAAAUCUUUUCUGUGAAAACGUAGACAUGCUUUCUGCCUUAGAGUCAAAGCUCUAGGUUCAUAUCAACUCAGCAGUGUACAGGAGUUAAGGAAAAUAUUAUUACAUGCCCAUUGUGUCAAAUGGAAAUUAAUCUAAAAUAUUUGUAUUUUAAUUUAGUCUUGACAUUUCAA